AAAAACAUGGCUCCACCUCUUCAUCAAAUCUCUCUCUUUUUCUUCAUUCUAAUCAUUUUCUCAUCAGAAAUAAGAACAUCGGAGAGCUCUCGAACUUUCACCAUAAUAAACAACUGCAAAGAAACAAUCUGGCCGGCGAUCUUCCCAGGAGAGCAUUUCAACGGCGGCGGUUUUGCACUAAAACGCGGCCAAUCCAUAGUUUUCAAGGCGCCAGUAGGCUGGUCCGGUCGGAUAUGGGGUCGAACCGGUUGCAACUUCGACCAGACCGGAAACGGGCAAUGCCAAACCGGUGCCUGUGGAACUUCCCUCAAAUGUCAAGGCUCUGGAGAGACUCCGGCGUCCCUCGCCGAAUUCACCCUCGCUGCCCUCGAUUUUUACGACGUCAGCCUCGUCGACGGCUUCAAUUUGCCGAUGGCGGUGACGCCAAUCAACGGAACCGGAAAGUGCGGCCUGGCCGGCUGCGAUAGCGAUUUGAGAUCCAAUUGCCCGUCGGCAUUGGCGGUGAAAUCGAAAGGGAAAGUCAUCGCCUGCCGGAGCGCCUGCGAUGUGUUUAACACCGAUGAGUACUGUUGCAGAGGAUCUUAUGGGAAUCCGUCGACUUGCCGGCCGACGGUUUACUCGAAGAAAUUUAAGGAGGCGUGUCCGACGGCGUAUAGUUAUGCGUACGAUGAUCCGACCAGUAUUUUCACCUGCAACGCCGCCGAUUACGUCGUCAGCUUUUGCUCCGGCAGGAACCACAAGGUGUGCAGUUACCAUGACCACAAGCUCGUCUGCAGUGGAUCAAAUGGCUCGAAAUCGUUCGUCAGAGGAUGGUGGCCUCUAAUGGCAGUUGUUUUAGUCGUGAUCAAUUUAUGGGUUAUUUUUUAAUCACUACUUUCAUAUAUUUCACGUUGUGUACAUACAUUUUUUUUAAUAUUUUAAUUCGAUUGUUUUGUGAGAGUGCAAAAAUAAUGAAUUGGGUUGGGUUGACGUGUGAACUAA